GCGCCUUCCGAUCCGGCGUCUUACGUCAUCGUGCGUGCCCAGGAAGUUAGCUGCGCUCACACUUGCAAGAAGGCGACAAGCUAACAACAAAACACUCGUGGAACAUUUCGCCAGGCUGAGACCGAUUUCUUUGCUACGAUGCCUUACGCCAACCAACCCACGGUAAAAAUCACGGAACUUACCGACGAGAAUGUCAAAUUUGUCAUCGAGAAUACCGAUUUGGCGGUGGCCAAUUCCAUUCGACGCGUUUUCAUGUCGGAGGUGCCGACCGUCGCGAUCGACUGGAUCCAGAUCGAUGCGAACUCGUCAGUGCUGCACGACGAGUUCAUCGCGCACAGAGUCGGCCUCAUCCCGCUCACCAGCGACGACAUUGUGGAAAAAAUGCAGUACUCCAGGGACUGCACCUGCGACGAGUUCUGCCCGGAGUGCUCCGUUGAGUUAACGUUGGAUGUGCGUUGCACCGACGAAAAGACGCGCAACGUCACCUCACGCGACUUGUUGUCCAACAACCACAGAGUCAUCCCGGUGACGUCCAGGAGUCGCGACAACGAUCCCAACGACUACGCCGAACGAAAUGAAAUUUUGCUGGUCAAGCUCCGGAAAGGCCAGGAACUGCGACUGAGGGCUUACGCCAAGAAAGGGUUCGGCAAGGAGCACGCCAAGUGGAACCCGACAGCGGGUGUUGCGUUCGAGUACGACCCGGACAACGCCCUGAGGCACACGGUCUACCCCCGGCCCGAGGAAUGGCCCAAGAGUGAAUAUUCCGAAAUCGAAGAGGAUGAGGUGCAGGCUCCCUACGACCCCAAUGGGAAGCCGGAAAGGUUCUACUACAACGUGGAGUCUUGCGGUUCCCUCCGACCCGAGACCAUUGUCAUGUCCGCGUUGGCCGUCCUCAAGAAGAAGCUGAGCGACCUGCAGACGCAGCUCAACCACGAAAUCCAGAGCGAUGUCCUCACCAUCAACUGAAGAAAGUCUCCAGAAGAAAUGUGCCCUUCAGGGACCUGGACACUGAUCAUGGACAUUCUUUUCUGCAGUUAAGUGUACUACACUGUCAAUGACAUCGUUGAUGAAUAUUUUGUUCACUUGCUAUUACAUUUUAAGUACAUUGUAAUAAAAAAAAAUACACAAUU